AUGUCUGCUCCUCGCUACAACUUUGACUUCCCGCCCGCCACCCAGCAGUCGUCCGCCGACCAGGACUCCGCAAACUUACCUGCCCGCCUGCAGCACAUCCGCCAGGCCCUCCAGCGCGAGCGCGAGCAGCAGCGCGCCGAGAACGACGUCGCCGCCUCCGAACGCCGCACCCGCCUCGCCGACCCCAAUCAGCCUCCCAUGCCUCGCCGCAACCGCCGCGGCCCCCGCGGCCUCGCCAGGACCCACGGUGCUUUCGACGAUCAGCCCAGACGCAUGCGCUCGCCUCCCCGCCUGGAGCCCUCCGAUCCCCCGACUUCGGCAAUCCGCAACAGACCCCAUGCCGAGCCGAGCCAGCGCUUCAGUGCCCUGCGCCGUGCACGCCAGCAGCGUGAGCAGAGCAGCACACCUCUCUCCGAGCUCUCCGAGCUGGAGCGUGCCGGCGAGCGCCUGGCCGAGAUAAGCCAGAGCAUCUCCCAGCUCAUCGGCCCCAACAACCUCUCCAACGCCGAGCUGCUGCGUCUCGAGUUUGGCCCGCCCCGAGACGAUGCCUCGGAGCGCAGGACCUUCAAGCGGAGAAAGCUGGACCGGGAUGACGCUUCGACCAUACACAGCUCCAGGUACGGCCACUUCGGCCAGGUGGUGCCAGGACGCCUGAGAAUGGAGAUUGUCAGUUGCGAUGGCGGUGAAUACAGCGACAACUCGGGAGAUCUCCACAGAGUCGACAAUGCUUUGCGGAACGAUGCUAGCGUUUACUGCACCAAGAAGUCGCACUGCAACAUGAUCCUGCGACACCAGGGAGAGACGACCUUUAGUCUGGAUAAGAUUGUCAUCAAGGCGCCCGAACGGGGAUUCACAGCUCCGUACGUUGACUCCGACGAAGAAACUUUGUUGGAGGCUACUGACUCGAAGGCGACCAACAGUGUUCAGGAAGGCAUGAUUUUCUUGGCCAUGGACUCCGAGUCCCUCCUCACCGGUACUGCUCCCUACCAAAUCGACUACGGUGCUAGCUCUUCGGCUUCAUCCCGUGCCUCGAGUACCUCAUCAUCCUCGUCCCGCCGCCCCGAACGUAUUUCCCUCAUCGAGAGCCUUCAUGAUCCUGAAGUACUUGCCGGAAUGGCCCGCCGCCACGACUUACGCGAUCGUUUGGAGCAACAGACAAGAGAGGACCGUGAGGCAAGGUUCGCGCGUUUGCUGCGUAUGAGACGUCGGUUGGAGUCAAGGCAACACAGGGAUAGCAACAGCGACAAUUGUGAUUACUCUGAGACGAACGAUAGACCUGCCAUUAUCUCGCCGACCGCACCAACACCGCCGCCAGCUCUCCAGGGCCUCCACGUCACGCAAGAAGAGGAUGACGAGUCGAGCGAGUCUGAACCGGAUCCACCAAGUGCAUCGAUAAUGGCAGAUCGACUUCGAAGAGACAGCCGCUGGCGCGCAGAGAGCGAGGAUGAUGACUAUGAGGACGACAUACGCAAUGUCAACCAUCUCCUUUGGGACAGAAGAACGGGGCCUGGCAUCAUUCGCUCUGCACGGAGGAGUACUCCUAGCAAGAUCGAGCCCGAAGAGUCUGCAGUGGUCGAUGGGGACGUCCUGGCUCCUCAUGCGAGAUUUUUCAUGCAAAAGAACAAGAGCAAGAUUACCAUCCGGUUUGACCCGCCUGUGGCUGGCAAAUUCAUUCUACUCAAGCUUUGGAGUCCCUCCAAGCAUGGCAAUAUUGACAUUCAAAACAUUGCAGUUCAUGGCUUCUCUGGACCGCGCUACUUCCCUGCCGUUGAAAUGCGGUAA